AUGUGGAGUAGGCUGAUUUGGUUUCAGCAAGGAGUGCCGAGAUUUGCUUUCAUCACGUGGUUGGCUGUAAGAGACAGGCUAUCAACUGGACAUCGCACUGCACAGUGGGGUCAAGCACAAUAUUGUCUCUACUGUGGGAAGCCAGACGAAACCCGAGACCAUCUAUUCUUUGCUUGUCCGUACAUAUUCACACUUUGGCUCAAGGUUACAGGAAACUUAUUUGGCAUGGACCCGGAUCCUGAUUGGGAUACUACCAUCACGAGACUCUUGACAGGUCACUAUGAUCGGCUUACAUUUAUUCUGCUCAGACUUGUGCUGCAGGUUACUGUCUACUACAUUUGGAGAGAACGGAAUGAGAGACUCCACAACCAUGUUUCAAAGCCGGUUGAGCAUAUUGCUAGACUGGUAGACAAGACGGUUCGUAACCGUAUAACGUCUACGCGUUAUUACUUAAGGCCAAGGUUGCAAGGUCUGAUGCAAAGGUGGUUUGGAGCUCAUGAUACUUAG